AUGUUUCCCGGCCAAAAAUGUUGGCUGGUGUUGUUAGCGGCCCCCGCAAUGGCGAGCAAUGACACAGCGAAUACAACUGCGAAUGUUUCCACAUCGCUUCAGAUGACCACGGUUUGUCACGCCGUUUGUGACGGGCUUUCGAGCUUGCAGCUGGAUUUGAAUGCCUUGCGACAAAGGCGGGGACUGCGAUGCAAGAGCCGCUAUUGCAGCAGGGUACAUCAGAGGCAAGUGUCCGGCGAAGAUGUUGGAACAAUGCAUGACCGCAAGAUGCCCAAGUACCAGCUCGGUGAGAGCGGUAAUCGCAUUGUGCCGGUCCUUGCCAACAUGGGCGGCCAGCAGUCAGCUGAAGCUCAAGAACCGACGAAGGACGGGCGUGUGGAGGAAGUGCCAAAAGCUGAAGAACCUCAGCAAGCACAGUCUCAACCUGCAGAGGAACCAAAGAAGGCUGAGGCCAAGAAGGCUGAAACCGUAAAGGCGGAGGAGAAGCCUGCGACCUCAGAAGGCAAGAAGGACACGAAGGCUGCAGAGGGCAAGAAAGCAACAGCCUCUGCAAGCUCUCCACCCGCGGGGCCUUUGCAGCCGGGAGCGCAGCCGAAGGGAAAGGCAGCACCGAAGCCUGCGGCAAAGACAUCGGCCAAGGCAGGCGCACCCAAGAAGAAGCCGCAACAACCUGGACCUCCCCAACAGCCUGGCCUUAUCACACCAGAGGCCCAAGCUGCCCCCAAGAAAGCCACAAAGGGAGAGAAGGGCAAAGGCGGAGGCAAGAAGGGCACCUUCCCUGGAAUCCAGCUUUGUGUUCGCAAUUUGGUGAAGGAUGCCACCACAGAGCAGCUUCAAAAUCUUUUCCAACCGUUUGGCGAACUCAUUGGAGUUGACGUGAAGAAGAACACCGACGGGACUUGCCGUGGUUAUGGGUUCGUCACCUACACCUCCAUUGCCGAUGCCAACAAAGCCAUCUCUGCCAUGAACAACAAGCAGGUUGAAGGAAAAAGCUUGAUUGUGGUUCUGUCAGACCGCCAGCAGGGAACCACCAAAGCCGAGCGUGAGGCACAGGCAACCGGAGGAAAGGGUGCCAAGGGCAAGGAUGGAAAGGAAGGCAAAGGCGGAGACAAGGGCAAGGGCAAAUCGAAGCAGCCGGCAAACAUUGCCAAUGCCUUGCCUGCUGCCAAUAAUCCGCCUUGGCCAUAUCAGGGCGAAGGGACGUAUCCAUACGGGUAUGGUUAUCCAGUGGUUUCCCCAAUGGCCGCCUAUGCGAACCAAGGGUAUGCCCCGAACACUCAGCAGGCAGCUUUGCAAGCCAUGCAGGCGCAAUUCAUCUCCCAGGCCCAGCAAGCUUUGCAAAUGCAAGCCUUCCACAGCAGCCUGGGUGGACUGAAUCCGGGCAUCAAUCCGAACAUGCCAGCGCCAGUCAGUAAUGUGGGUGCCAACAACAUGCAGCCCAGUGCUGCAGCUCCAGCGCCCGCUCCACCUGCGACGGCAAGUGCCGCAGCGCCUGCGGACGAAGCACAGGCCCUCAAACAAGAACAUGAAGGACAGCUCAAGUCAAUUAGUGCCAAGAAUGGAUAUGGCUUCAUCGCUUGCAAUGAGACGAAGGUUCACUACAAGCGCGAUGUGUUUGUGGAUUCCUCUCUCCUCCCUGAGGGAAUCCAGGUGAAUGACAAGGUAGCUUGGCUUUGCAAUCAGAAAGAAGACACAUUGGAGAGGCCACCCACGCGCCACCUCGGUCAGACAAAUUGGUGGCAGCGCGCUGAGGGCAUGUUGCACCAUGCCGUUCUUGAAGUUUGGGCCGACUGGGAACGUUGCAAGAGGCGGCUCGGUGCUUGGAGCCGCAUUUGCGUGAAUGGCUCUCUCUUUGAAUAUGAAGACCUGUUCGAAAACUGGCAUCCCCAGACUUUUUGGCUGGGAGGGGAUUGCCAGUUUCCUUGGCCAGUGCCACUUUUGUGGAGCUCCAACUCCUACCUGGAGUUGGGACAGAAUGCUAAGUUGCGCCACAGAUGGAGAGACUCCUCUCGAUGCAUUUUGUUCCUUACUUUGCACUGUGCUUACAUGCACAGAUCGCACAACGAGUCUUUUCUUUGUGGGCCCAAUGGGAUUCCACUUGUCUUCUAUCGGGUCGACCUUCAGAUGCUUAGUGAUAGCCAUGGCACGCGGCAUUUGCAGACUUGGGGCAUGACAGAUUUCAACGCGGAGCCUGGUGUGGACGAGCCGAGCUGUGCUCAGGCAAACGAGGAACUUGAGGUUCUCAGAACUAACUGCAUCCUGGUGGGCAGAGACCUGCUGGCUCCUCUGGUCGAAAGCACUUACACGCCAACGAGAUGUAUGCAUUGCAUGCCGGCAUCUGGAGCUCUGCUUCGACAGGUCCUGCGGACUGGAUUGCUGGAAUGCGAAGAGCUUUGUGAGCAGGACAUGCUAGCAAACAGUGCCCCGACACCAUUCGCGGCCUUUGCAGAACUUUCGGCAUUUGCCCAAGUUCUGCCCGAACCAAUCAAAAUGGAUGCCAAUGGACGAUCUACGAUCAGCCCAGCCAGGCCUCCUUGCAACAUGUUGAAGCGCAGGUCGUCAGAGCGGCAAGAUAAACGGCUCACUGCAACACACUUCUGCUGCCACUCGUCCAGCUCAGAAACCGUAGAGCUGUACAUCCCGAGAGUGAAUGUGGUGCUGGAUUGCACCUUCUCCAUGAUUCGCUUUGUUCUGUGCCUUCUAUUCCUUGACCAGAGCCAGGGCCUGUCCAAUUUGGCCCAUGUGCGAGAGCAGAAUGCAAGCUUAACGGUCCUACAAGCGGACGUGAAUGCCCUCGCAGAUUCGUCAAGCCGCCUUACGCUCGCGGCUAGUCAGCAGCAGAAGCCAACGAAGACAAGCACCAUGUAUCGAUCACUUUCCGAUGACUUCAACGUCGUGCUCCGCUCUUUUUCCGUGGUGGCAGUUGCGGAGCUGUUCGACAAAACUUGGUUUGUGGCUUUGAUUUGCGCCAUGAAUUACGGCAAAAGCCGUGCCUUCAUUGGUGCGUAUGUGGCCUUAGUUGUGCACGUGCUGUUGGCAGCAGCACUGGGCGUGGCCAUUGCUCAGCUGUUUUCGGUCACAGUACUUUGCUUUACUACGGCUACCGUCUUUUUGCUUUUGGCUAUCGCUUAUCUUACCGAGUAUCUCCGAGCAGGAAGCGAUGAUGAUGUGAUUCAGGAGCGAAGCGGCGAAGCCAAGGAAGCAUUGCAAGAUCAAGGUGGGAAAACAGAGCAGGCAUGGAAGGAUGUCGUUCUGCGAGUCUUCAUCGCAGUCUUCGUGGCUGAAUGGGGCGACAGGACGCAGGUGGCAAUGGUGACGCUCCACUCUUCGGCGCCCUGGGUUCCGGUUUGCAUCGGCUCAAUGAUUGCAUUCCUUGUGCUGACCCUCUCUGCGGUCCUUGCGGCUUCAUUGUUGGAGGGUCUAUGUGUCCACCGGGGUGCUGAUGCAGUCGUCAAUGUCAGAGCUCCGAUUAUCGCAUCGACGACAGUGCAGAAGGCCAACGCAUCUGCCAGGAUACUUGUUCGUGAUGGCGACUCCGUUUCUGCGCUUGCUGAAGCUACCUGCCGGCAUCUCCAGUCAGUCGGUGCAGGUAGCUGCCAGCAGGGGGAGUUGACAGACAUACAGGAGUCUCUGCGGACCUUGACAGAAGACUUCAGCAAAGUGAGCCUGGGAGAGCAGAUUCUCAAACAGCUUCAUCUAGGUUGGGACCUUCUGCUUACACACCGGGCCCCAGAAGAAGCUCGUCUUCAUUUUGUGACCGUUUUGUCACGGUUCCCCAAGAGCCGGUACCUGCUUCGAGAGCUUGCUGCCGCAUCAACGCUCGCCUUUGCACUGCCUCGUUCUGGUGAUUCAAACGUCUUGCACUGGGGCCCUAAUGGCACGUGGGCGCAUGCCACACCUCCAAGUUCGACAGCCUUUGCUGAGGCCUUUGAUGGCUGGGAGGCGUAUUCCAUGAUUCGAUUUCAACAGCCGUUCAUGUUCUUAAGUGAGGAUGAGCCGGAGCUUCUUGCUGUCCACAUGCCAUCACAUGGAUUCUUUCCGUGUGGAGAAAUUCGCCCAACGGACAGCAACGUUGGUCUGUUGGGUCUUGUGUACGAGCACAGAUUGCGACACGACAAGCUUCUACUUGAAUUGCUGCGAAAGGGGAAUUUGAUAUCAGAUGCAAUCGCCCAAGGUGCACUAGUGGCCUAUGAUCGUGUGCUCGGUGCAGCAGAACGUGUGGAGGGUGGGCUUCUCCGUCCGACUGACGAGCACUGGCACAGCCUGUAUCCGUUCCACAGUCGCCGACUCUACGUUCAUCCGAGUCCGCGCCUUGCGCUGCCAGCAUUGACUCCAUAUUCAGAGCUUCAAAUUCGGCUGUUGCACAGCCAAGCUUCCUCGAAACGCUCGAGCCGAGCCGGUGGCUUUCUAGCAACAGGCGGUGUGCUGGUUAUUGAUGACCUCCUGACACAGGAUGCUUUGCUGCAGCUACGGAGCUUUGCCGAGUUGUCUACCAUAUGGUACCAAGAGCGACCGCACUACCUGGGUGCUGGGUUCAGCACGGGCUUCGCAUCGCCGCUGCUCUCACAGAUCGCAGAAGAGUUGCGGGCCUUGCUUGCGGAUGUUCUGUGCGACCUGCCGCUGGCAAAUGUCUGGGCCUUUAAGUAUGACGAUGAGUCUGAAACCGGAAUUGACCUGCAUGCAGAUGCGGCCGCAGUGAACGUAAAUCUGUGGAUUACGCCAGAUGCAGUUAAUCUCGACAAUUCUAGCGGCGGCCUUGUAAUCUUCGAUGCAUCUGUGGAUGAGCACGUUUCCUCUUUUGAGUCAUUCAACCAGAUGGAUUCCAACAAAAACAGCCUUUUGUCGGACCUGCUUGGAGAGUCAGAGUACGCGAACAUCACCGUGCCGUAUCGACAGAACAGGGCUGUUGUUUUCGAUUCUGCCCGCAUACAUAGCACCCAACGACUGGCUUUCAAAAAGCUGGGUGUAUCGUCAAGGCGGAUCAACAUCACCUUCUUGUUCGGGGCCAAGGGAACCUACUGCCCCCUAAGACGAUCAGCAAAGACCAUCUUGCAUGAGUGA